CCAAUGGACCCAGCAGGGCCAGAAAGGCUUUGUGAGGACAGGUGAUCGGCUGCACUAGGGCGUCGGGCAGGAACCGCUGGUGAGCUUCCCUAGCCCCAGGACAGGCCACGGGCCCCCUGAGCGCAGGCAGGUGGGCAACGGACAAAGGAUCAGGCCUGCGAGUCCCCUCCGGGACUUGGGAGUGCGGCUUCCGGAGCGCGGGGCUGGUUGCGUCAGACGCACGUUUGGACACCAAGGAGAUAGUGAGUGGGAGCGUCUUUCUCCUCCCUGCCCGGGCCCCCAGGACAGGUCACAGGUCCUUUCCCUGAUUGCCCUCACACUGGAGCUCGACCGCCCCCAGCCCUCCCCCGAACUGCGCUGUGAGACACUCGACUCCCUGUCCCAACCUGCAGAGUGCCCCCCCCCCGCCCCAUUCCUCAGCACCCUUCUUUCCCAGUGGCCCGCCGACCCGCAUGCUCCUCCUUCAGCACCCCCACCGUUUCAGCCAGCUCUUCCUCUUCUCGGCAAUGGCCGCUUCUCGCGACGCUGAGAUCCGGAAGGAUGUGCAGACCUACUACGGGCAGGUGUUGAAGAAAUCGGCGGACCUCCGGACCAAUGCCUGUCUCACUGCAGCCAGGCCAGUCCCCAGGCACAUCCUGGAAGCCCUGCAGAAUGUCCAUGAGGAGGUGGCCUUGAGGUAUUAUGGCUGUGGUCUGGUCUUCCCUGAGCGUCUGGAAAACUGUUGGAUUUUGGACUUGGGUAGUGGAAGUGGCAGAGAUUGCUAUGCACUCAGCCAGCUGGUUGGUGAGAAGGGAUGUGUCACUGGAAUAGACAUGACAGAAGGUCAGGUAGAAGUGGCCAAAAAGUACAUUGAUUAUCACAUGGAAAAGUAUGGCUUCCAGGCACCCAAUGUGACUUUUAUUCAUGGCUACAUAGAGAAGCUGGAAAAGGCUGGAAUCAGGAAUGAGAGUUACGAUAUUGUUAUAUCAAAUUGUGUUCUUAACCUUGUGCCCGAUAAACAACAAGUGCUGCAGGAGGUAUAUCGAGUGCUAAAGCAUGGUGGGGAGCUAUAUUUCAGUGACGUCUAUGCUAGCCUUGAACUGCCAGAAGAAAUCAGGAAACACAAAGUUUUAUGGGGUGAGUGUCUUGGUGGCGCUUUGUACUGGAAGGACCUCGCCAUCCUUGCCCAAAAAAUUGGGUUCUGCUUUCCACGCUUGGUCACUGCCAACCUGAUUAUGAUUCAAAACGAGGAACUAGAAAGAGUUGUUGGUGACUGUCGUUUUGUUUCUGCAACAUUUCGCCUCUUCAAACUCCCUAAGACAGGACCAGCCAAAAGAUGUCAGGUUAUUUACAAUGGAGGAAUCACAGGAUAUGAAAAAGAACUAGUAUUUGAUGCAAAUUUCACGUUUAAGGAAGGUGACAUUGUCGAAGUAGAUGAAGAAACAGCAGCUAUCUUGAAGAAUUCACGAUUUGCCCAAGAUUUUCUGAUCAAACCAAUUGGAGGGAGGUUGCCACCAACUGGAAGUUGUUCUGCUUUAGAAUCAAAGGAUAUCAUCACAGAUCCAUUCAAGCAUGCAGAAGAGUCUCACAGUACCAAGUCCAGAUGUUCCCCUGGUGUUGCUGGAGGCUGCUGUGGCACAAAGAAAAGCUGCUAAAUCUACAGCUGCCUGGAAGACAUAACCAGUAGUGGGUUGGAAGCUGAAGAAUGAGUUGCAUGUUUUUUUUAACCUGCUUUUUCCCAAAGCACAGACCAUAAGAAAGAAUAAAUGGCAAGAAGACACCAUAUUCUUGAUGACUGAUAAGGACAAAUGAAUUGUGUGAAAACAAAAAACAAAAAAACAAAAUCAGUGCCGUUGAGUCGAGUAGAAGGUAUUAAUUAAAUGUCCCCCCUACCAAAAAGAACUCAUUGCCGUAGAGUCGAUUCAGACUGACAGCGACCUUAUAUCACAGAGUAGAACUGCCCCCAUAGAGUUUUCAAGGAGCAUGUGGUGGAUUCCAACUGCCAACCUUUUGGUAAGUAGCCAUAGCUCUUAACUGCUAAGCCAUUAAUUAAAGGCUCACAGCAAAUCAUCUGGGAGCUCUGGUGGCACAGUGGUUAAGAGCUGUGGCUGCUAACCAAAAGGUUGACGGUUCGAAUCCACCAGCCGCUCCUUGGAAAACUUAUGGAGUAGUUCUAUUCUGUCCUAUAGGGUCUCCGUGAGUCAGAACCCACUCCACAGCACCUAACAACAAAAACAUCAAAUCACCUAAAUAAAGACUAGGUAAGUAGUUUUUUUCUAUUUUGUAACUAAUUCAAAGUUCUGGUGCCAUCUAGUGGUCAGAAGUGGAACUGAGAGGCAGGCUGAAGACUGGUCAGUGGCAAGAAAGGCUUUAGAAAUUAACAGCUGGGAGAGGGUCUUGGAAAAAAUAACCUUCAUUCUGACAUGCAUAGUACCUUUUGGAUUUUUUGCCACAUUGUCUCAUUAAACAAAGUUCCUACUAAAAUAAUGCUAAUCAUGGUAAAAGAUUGACAAUCAAAUAAGUAUGAGUGCUCUUGAGGUAACUGGUCUUUUAAACAAAACUUUUUUUUUUUUGUAAUUGAAUGAAGAAAACAUGAGUAAUAAAUUUCUUUGACCUCAGUUCACCCUUAUAACUGGCAACAGAGAGAUAUAGUGACUAUCUAGAAAAUCCCAACUGGAUCAGGAAGAGAGUUUGAUAAUUUUUUAAAGGUGAGCUAGGAGGUAUAAAAAUGGUGGGUUUUCUUUUUUCUUUACAAAAGGUCCUGGUUAAACUCUUAGGAAAGUAUUAGACUCAGUUCGAGGUUCCAUAGUUAAAGAAGAUAGAGGAAUAUUUUAAGGAUGAUUAACUCAUUAGACAUUAAGAACACUGAGGAAAGGUUCAAGGAUGAGUAAAUAAAUUCAAGUCUAGUUGUACUUGAGGCUUUUGUAGGGGUACACUUUAGUAUUUAAAUAUCAGUUUUCAAGCCAUGGAAGGUUUUAAUAAGAACUUGUGAGCUCAGUGCAAAAGGAACAAGGGGAAGCGGGCGUGCCUGCUGGAUUUUGACUAGAGGAAAGAGAACGUUUAGGCCUUAGAAGACAUUGGAAUGGAUUCUACAGGACAGACUCCAAGAAAGUUGUUAGACAGUUGGGGAAUUCUCUGACUUCUGAGUGUGUUCAGUUGUAGACCCUGACUUGCCUACUACAGACAGGAAAGGACUAGGUAAUAUCUUUUAAGCCCUUUUCAUCUCUGUGACCUUGAUUCUAAACAGUGCUUUCUUGGUUCUAGAGUUCAAUAUCUAUUUACCCAGCAUAUCCUAUGUUAGUGACAGCAUUAGUUAGCAUGGUACAAUUGGGAUUAAGCAUACUUUACUAUCUAUGAGCCCAAGACAGGCCUGCUAGAGGAGAAAUCCAUUGCUGUCGAGUCAUUCUGACUCAUAGUAGAACUGCCCCGUAGGGUUUUCAAAACUAUAAUCUUUACAGAAGCAGACUACCACGUCUUUCUCCCAUCAAACUGCCAACCUUUUGGUUGGCAGCCGAGCGCUUAGCGCUAUGCCACCUGGGCUCCUACUAGGGGAGAGAGGAUGGUCUGGCUAUUUGGUUUACUAGGCUUUUCUAAACAGGAGGGGGAGGCAUCGGCCUUUCACUUGUCAUUCUGAAUUUUCAGUUCCCCCAAAAAAUGUGGAGUUACGAGAUGGGCUGCAAUAUGGAAAUUCACAUUGUUCUUUUCCUAAGAAUAACAGACUUUAUGCAUGAUUUUCCAACCAAAGUACAUUUUAAGAAUCAUAUUUAACCUAGAAGCUAUAAAAUACCUAUUAGGUAAUGUAAAAUUAAAGCAGGUAUGUUUUGUCAGGAAAAUGCUAUAAAUAGUUAUACAAAUGUUCAAAAUAGGUGAAAUGGAAAAUCAAGUAUGUACAAAUCCUUAGGAGAGAGGGUUUUUCUCCUUUAAGUCUGAGAGGCAUCACGGAAUGAUGCUUAAGAGCAAAAACCCUGAAGCCAGACUUCAUAGUCUUUUCCUCCUCAACUGUGCUGAGCGUUUUGGCCUUGAGAAAAUUAUUCAACAUUACUGUACCUUUGCUUCCUCAUAUGUAUGAAGUUCUUUAAAAGCAUGCCUGGCACGUGGUUUAGAUCAUUAGUUUAGAUCUAUAUAGUUGCUAAUAAGCCCUGGUGGCACAGUGGUUAAGUGCUUGGCUGCUAACUGAAAGGUCGGCAGUUUGAACCCACCAGACACUCCACGGGAGAAAGAUGUGGCAGUCUGCUUCAGUAAAGAUUACAGCCUUGGAAACUCUAUGGGGGCAGUUCUACCUUGACCUACAGGGUCACUAUGAAUUGGGAUUGACUCGACGGCAGUGGGUAUAUGGUUGCCACCAGCAUGUAGUGUCCAGACCGGCCAAAGACCAAUGCUUCUUUUGCUUCCAGAGCAGAGUUUAAGGAAGCUACCUGUAGCUCUUUUAUAGUAGGCAAUGUUCCCCCCGGAAUAUUACGAUGAUAAUUUUCAAAUAUACAGAAGAGUUUAAGAAACUGUAGCCAAUACUCAUAUACCUAAACCAUUGCCGUCAAAUUGAUUCCAUCUUAUGGUGACCUCUUGUGUUGCAGAGUAGAACUACACUUGAUAGGGUUUUCAAAGCUGUAAGCUUUCAGAGGAAACCCUGGUGGUGUAGUGGUUAAGUGCUACAGCUGCUAACCAAGAGGUCGGCAGUUCAAGUCUGCCCAGUGCUCCUUGGAAACUUUAUGGGGCAGUUCUGCUCUGCCCUGUAGGGUUGCUCUGAGUUGGAAUCGACUUGAGGGCAGUGGGUUUGGUUUUGUUUUGUUUUUAAGCUUUCAGAAGUAGGUCUCCAGGCCUUUUUUUCCAAGGCACUCUGGGAGGGUUCAAACUGCCGACCUUUUGAUUAGUAGUCAGGCACUUAACUGUGCCAUCCAGGGACUAGUACUCAUACUUAAUACCUAGGUUCUACAAUUGUUAACCUUAUCCAAUCAUUUUAUACAUUUAAACAUUAUUCUUACUAACAGCAGAGUCACAGAAAUAUGGGCCUAAUUCUUCACUAGCCACAAACUUUAUCCAAAAGAUAUUGGAUUAAAGAAUUUAAGGAUCAGAUUUUCUCUUAGUUGACUAUUGUAUCAAAUAUAAUAUUUUCAGUCCUUCAUUAUCACAGGGGAAAGAUUUAUUAAAAAAUGAUGGCAGCCUGCAGAGGCAUUCCCGUUUACCUACUGGGGGAUGCCUGCAGUAGCCUGAAUAGGUGCCCCCUCACCCCGAGCCAUGCAUAGCUGAAAAGGGCAUGGCUCUGUGCCCAGAUGGCAGCAGAACCUGCUCCUUCUAUUGAUUCUUGGCCUUUCCUUGGACUGCUCCAAGGAAGCAGUAAAGAAAGUUACUAAUCCUGCCUUAUUAAGUUGGAAAUUUAACUAAAUAAAUCUGGCAAGGAAUGUGAACCUAUCCAUCCCUUCUUUCAUUCAUUCACUAAAUAUUAAGUACCUACUAUGUGCCAGGCACUGUCCUAGGCACUGAUCGCUAACAAUGGAUUUUGAACCCUGUGGGCCAAAAGGAGAAAAACAGUUGAGCCUGUUUUCUAGAUUUGGUUGGCACCUGCCCUAACUUCUGUGAUCUGCCAAGUUUCUUCAACCCCGCACCACUAUUUGGAUCCUAACAAGGGUCCUUUUACAGACCCUACCCUAAAAAAAAUUUUUUUUUUUUUUUUUUUACCCUAAGAGUAGAGGGAGGGCUCACUGCAUUAGAAAUGAACUCUUUUGCAAAAGUGAAGCUGGAAUUGUAUAAUCCUAAUAAUAACCUAUGACUUGAGCUUUACUGCUUCAUUCCAGUCUUUAUUCAACUGCUGAUUCUGUGAUUCCUGUAAGGACAGCUCCUACUGAGGUUAAUGGGAGUGUUACAUGAAUGUAAGUUUUGUACUUAAUCUUUUCCAGCUGAGUGAGCCUUGCUUGUCUUGGACUGACAAACAUACCAGUCCCCUUCCUCAAUGGGAACACACUAGCCCUUCCUUUCAUGUAGCAGGGCCAUGCUGCAGUGCUAUGCUCCAGGUGAAGGAAGAGUCACUUGGGAACAAAAAUAUCUUGCCCUAAUACCACUCCAUUGCCUCAUAUAAUACCAUACUGUCUCAUAUUCCUUGUUCAGAAGCCAGAGACAUUAACAAAGAAGAAUGGCAAAUUGAUGAUUUUCUGGGCUCAGUGCAAACCAUACUUAAGUCUCAUAACUUUUUGACUACACCUAAAGCCAUUAACCUUUUCAUUGGUGGAAUGAAGAGUAAUGCAGGAGACAGAAAGCAGAUCAUUCAAAAGCAGUUGCAGCAGUACAUUGACAGGGAACUACUGGAAAUUCAAGCCGGAUUCAGAAGAGGACGUGGAACAAGGGAUGUCAUUGCUGAUGUCAGACGGAUUUGGCUAAGAGCAGAGAAUGCCAGAAAGAUGUUUACCUGUGUUUUAUUAACUGUGCAGAGGCAUGUGACGGCGUGGAAGAACGGGAAUUUCUGAACACUGAUUUGUACUCAUGAGGAACCUGUACAUCGACCAAGAGGCAGUUGUUAGAUUAAACAAGGGGAUACUGUGUGGUUUAAAGUCAAGUAAGUUGUGCAUCAGGGUUGUAUCCUUUCACCAUACUUAUUCAAUGUGUAUGUUGAUCAAAUAAUCCGAGAAGCUGGACUAUAUGAAGAAUAUGGCAUCAGGAUUGGUGGAAGACUCAUUAACAACCUGCGAUACGCAGAUGACCCAACCUUGUUCACUGAAAGCAAAGAGGACUUGAAGCACUGACUGAUGAAGAUCAAAGACUGCAGCCUUCAGUAUGGAUUACACCUCAACAUAAAGAAAACAAAAAUCCUCACAACUGGACCAGUAAGCAACAUCAUGAUACACAGAGAAAAGAUCAAAGUUGUAAAGGAUUUCAUUUUACUUGGAUCCAUAAUCAACACCAAUGGAGGCAGCAGUCAAGAAAUCAAAUGACACAUUGCAUUGGGCAAAUAUGCUGCAAAAGCAUGUGAAAGUUGGACAAUGAGUAAGGAAGACUGAAGAAGAAUUAUGUCUUUAAAGUAUGGUAUUGGCAAAGAAUAUUGAAUAUACCAUGGACUGCCAGAAGAAUGAACACAUCUGUCUUGGAAGAAGUACAGCCAGAAUGCUCCUUAGAAGCAAGGAUGGCAAGACUUCAUCCACAUACUUUGGACAUGUUCUUAGAAGGGACCAGUCCCUGGAGAAGGACAUCAUGCUUGGUCAAGGAGAGGGUCAGCAAAAAAGAGGAAGACUCUCAAGGAGGUGGAUUGACACAGUGGCUGCAACAGUGGGCUCAAGCAUAACAAUGAUUGUGAGGAUGAACCAGGACUGGGCAGUGUUUCUUCUGUUGUACAUAGGGUCCCUAUGAGUUGGAACCAACUUGAUGGAACCUAACAACAAUGUAUGUUUAUUAUAUGUCAAAAAUUUUGAAAGUUUAAAAACGUCUAUCAGUGGGUGACCUAUAUAACCAGGAGUCCAGGCCAACCUGGGAAACCUGAUGUUUGUGCUAAGAUUCACAAUUAUUACUACAGAGACUGCAGCAGCAAACUGAGGGUGUGGUGUCUUAUCUUGGUUUUCUGGGAGUUCCUGUGGCGUUAUCUGUUUCAUUGUCCUACAUGUGGCUGGAGAAGUGGUAUAUCCCUUAGUCCUAAUUGUGAAGGUCAGUCCAAGACGAUAAAAUCAGAAAGUGCGUUGUAAACUGUGAAGGCGUGUGUCUGCUUUGAGUGGCAGGAGUUCCCUUAACCUCCUUAGGUUAUUAGCACUGCCCAGCAUCACUGCACUGGUACCUGUCAGGUUAAUCUUCCUAUUAUACAGUUCUUCUGUUUGAAACUUUUUAUAGGUCCUGGGUUCCUACAGAACGAGCUCUGGUGGCAUGGUGGUUAAGCACUAGGCUGCUAACCAAAAAGGUGGGUAGUUUGAACUCACCAGCUACUCUGUGUGAGAAAGAUGUGACAGUCUGCUUUCGUAAGGAUUACAGCCUUGGAAACCCUAUAGAGCAGUUCUGUUCUGUCCUAUAGGGUCACUACGAGUUGAAAUCGACUCAACAGCAAUGGGUAGAGGUGCCUACAGAAUGAAAUCUAAACUCCUAAACUUGGCGUUCAAGGCCCAGCACAAACUGACCCCAACCAGCUUUUCAACAUUAUUCCUGCUCUUCUUUGUAGGUCAUAGGGCCAAAUUCAACUACAGCUUGUUUCAGAAAUGCUGCUCCCUUUCCAGCCUCACCUCACACUUUUCCUUCCAUUAAAAUAUUUUUUCCUUUUAUCUCUCAA